AUGUGUUCAAAUAAAAAUCCUUUAAUCAAAAUUGAUGAUGAAAUGUGUAAUAAUAGCAAUGAUGAUGAUAUUGAUGAUCGAGUUUUUCGUACAACAAAUCUAGUUUUUUGGCCUUUAUUACGAAGAAUAUCCAAAGAAUUUCUUCAAAAUGUAAAACAAUUUCAGAUAUUUCAUAAUGGCCAAUCGGCUAUUUUUCUUCAUCAAGAUGGUAUUUUUGUUUAUGGUGAUAAUUUUAACGGUUGGUUUGGUUUAUCCAAUCAUGUUGAUCGUGUCAUUGAACAUCCAUUGCCAAUCGAUCAAAUAUUUAAGAAUGAAAUCAAAACAAUACAGAUUGGUAGCAAUUUUAUCAUAUUGUUAACAAAUUCUGGUUAUAUUUAUGGCUGUGGAAGUAAUUCACAUGGACAGAUUGGAUUGAAAAACGUUGAUAUGAUGAAACAAUUUACAUUGAUACGUGAACGUAUUAAAUUCGUCAAAAUUGCUUGUGGUUCUCUUCAUGUGCUAGCAUUAGACAUCUUUGGAAACGUCUGGUCCUGGGGUGAUAAUGAAUUCAAUCAAUGUUCAAGUAUGCGAUUCAAGUUUCUCAUACCUACAAAAUUACUAUGGCCAAAAUUUCAAAAUAUUCAAACAAUUGAUAUUGCUUGUGGUUACACAAGUUCAAUAAUAUUGAAUAGUGAUGGAAAUGUCUAUGUAUUGGGUCGAAUGGCAUCGAUUUAUUUUAUGCGACCAACUCGAAUGGAAAUCAAAUUAAAACCUAAUACUUUCAUUAAAAAAAUUUAUGGAUGUCGUGAUAUUUGUGCUCUACAAACAAAUCAUGGUGAAAUUCUUCAUUGUUUUAAACGAAAUGAAUAUCUUGAAUUUCAAAAAAUCGAUACAAAUAUUCAAGCUAUUAGCACACAUUGGAACAACAAUCAAAUCAUUCUUUAUUCAAAAUCUGAAAAGAGAUGCUAUGUUUGGAAUUAUGAUAAUCCUGAAUCAUUUGCAACGAAUUCUGAUUCAAUACCAGAUAUCACUAAUCUCUAUGUUCAUCCAAACACACCUGGAUUAAUUAAAUUACCAUUGGAUCUUUCACCUAAUACCGAUUUCAAUGAUCCAACCUGUUCAGAUCUUGAAUUAUUAAUCACUGACUUUGAAUAUGGAGAAUUACCAAGAACAUUAUAUGUUCAACGAGCUAUUAUCAUGAAACAUUGGGAAAAUCUGCUGAAUUAUUCUGUUCAAUCACCAACAAACACUGAUAGAAUAAUGAUUGACUCUUUUCCUUAUUCGUUUCUGUUUCAAUAUAUUUAUUUCAUUUAUAAUGGUAAUUAUCAAACACUUUGGCGAAGCAAUCUGGAUGAUAAAGAAUAUUUUGAGCAAAAAAUGUUAUUACAAGAUUUACUUGCUCAUUACAGUUUAAAUGAUUCUUUACAUGAAACAUUGCAAAAUAUUAUACUUGAACGUUUGAAUGAGGAAAACUAUAUUCAAGUAGUAUCCCUACAAGCUAAAUAUCAAUCUACUCUAUUGUGUCGGCAAAGUGUUUUUCUUUUUCAUUAUUAUGUUUACAUGAAUAUUCAAAAUUGUGGAAAAUUUUUCGAAGAUUCAUUACGAUAUAAUCAACCACAAUUUAUAGAACGAAUUUUUCGUCUUUUAUAUAAUUUUAUAAAUAUCAACUAUCGUUAUUUGGAAGAAAAAUUGAAUCCCUAUUUGUGUAAAUAUUACAAGCAAGAAUUAUUCGAUGGUAAUGAUGAACUUUAUUAUCUGGCCAUACGAUAUGAUCCAGAAAAACGUGAUUGUAUACGUUUUAUGAAUGACAAUGUGGUUACGAUAUCAUUGUUACAGAUUUAUAAAUCUUGUUUCAUGUAUCGAAGAUAUGAUUUAAUACCAGAAGUCUUGAAACGUAUAAAGUUCUGUAUGCGUAAACAUUUGGCCAAUGUUUUCUAUUUCUAUCUAUUUUCACUUGAUUAUAAAUCAUAUGGUGGUUUAUUCGAUGAUCAUAACCAUCGUUAUCUUCAUCAGCUUGUUGUAGCAUUUAUUAAAAAUCCAGAAAAUUUCGAAAUAACUCGUAAAGAUAUUCUUGAACAUGUUUUGGCCGAAUCGAAUUCGAAUGCAAACUUGACAUAUUUUAUCAAGGCUAAAUUGUUUCAAUUAAAUGAUGAUUUUCGUUGGCUAGAAUCUGUCACCAAUUUUUCCGGACAAGAAACAUUAAUGAUACCGGCCAUUUAUUGUCAAUUUUAUUCACUUGCCAAAAAUAAACGAGAUGAAAAAAUAUUGAAAACAAUCAAACAACAUUUAUCCAGUGAUCUUUUCGUUAAUUUCAACACUUUACCAUUAAUAUUUUUAUUGGCAUUAUUCUAUGAAGAUGAACAACUUAAAUUGGUUAUAAAUGAACGAUUGUCAACUGAUCUUGAUUCUGAAAACAUUUUAAUCGUUUAUAAAAUUGUUCAUACAUACAUCGAUGAUGAUGAAUUUUCCAAAUAUCUUUGUUCAUUAUUUAUCAAACAUAUCAAUAUGUUCAAUUGCAUACAAUUAUAUGAACUUAUUCAACAAUACAAAGAUUCAUUGGCCUUAACGAUAUUACGUCCGAAUUUAAUCAAAAAUUUUGAUUCAAUCAAUUUGAGUAAAUUUGCAAAACUUGCUAUGAAUUUUCAUGAUCAAAUUCUAUUGUCUCAUAUACAGAAAUUUAUUCUUACUAAUUGUAAUAAGAAAAAUGGAACUGAUUUCUAUAAAUUGAUAAUGCGAAAUUCAACAUCAUUUUCAAAUGAUUUUAUUCAAUCAUUUCGAAAUGUUAUCAGCAAGAAUUUAUCAUCAGAGAACAUUAUUGAUUUCAUUAUAGCAGCAUCGAAUCAUUUAGAUACAGAAAUGGUUGAAAAAUUAUGGAAAUUAGCUCAUGAUUAUAUAUCGGCAACGAAUUGUUUACGAUUCUAUGAAAUGAUGAUUCAAAAAGAUUUUUUUGAUCAAUGUCUUCAAUUGAAAAUAAGUAUGAUGCUAGCCAAAACUGUUAAUGUUGAAAAUUUCGAACGAAUCUAUGUUCUUGCCAUCAAAGCAAAUGAUGAAUCAUUGAUCAAUCAACUCAAUUCUUCUAUAGUGAAAAAAAUAAUGAACAAAGAAAAUUGUAUUCAAUUGUAUCGAUUUGCAAUGAAAAAUUCUGAUCAUAAAUUGGCAAAAAAUAUUGGCAUGCAAUUAAAAAGUUAUCUAACGGUGAAAAAUUGUCUUCGAAUCUAUAUAAUUUCAUAUGAAAAUGAUGAUUCAUUUGUUCGUAAACUAUGUGCUCGAUUUUUGGCUUCGAAUCCAAAUGGACGAACAUCAUUAUCGAUAAUGGAUAAACAAGUCAGCUUUCAAUUAAAAAUGGAUUUGGAAAACUUUAAUUUCUAGUCUACAAUUGUUAUUCAAUAGAUGUCAGUACUAUCUCAUUGUUUUUUUUUUAUGUUAUAACACGUGAAAACAGAAUCGAAUGUUUUUUUGUU